AUGGAGAGCGAAUUUUUAGAAGUGCCGGUUCAUUUGAAAGGUUACGUGAUUGGAAAAGGUGGCCGUACAAUCAAUGAAAUAAGACAGAAUUCAGGGGCUAGAGUUCAUUCACUGAACAAGGAAGAGGGAGGGUUUACGAUCACCGGCGAUGAGGAGCAAAGAACAUGCGCCAAGAGGCUUAUCAUAAAAAAAGUGGUGAGUUAUGAGGAAAUGUCGUCGAAGGGUGCUUUUCUUUCAAUUUAAUUUGUACUCGUGGGAACUUUUAUUAUAAUUUUUCAGGUUGGCAAAAUAGGUUUUGUUUGGGAAUGAUGCAUUGUCGUCAAAAUAAAUUAAAGUAAACGGCAUGCAAAUUUCAUGCAGAAGAUACGACGCUCUCAAACUUGGGUCAUAGUAUGAUAGUGUAACUGAAUACACUCACAAGUUUUAUCCCACGUUUUAAAUAAUCAGCGUCACGUUCUUAUUUUAAAUUUAGAAAGAGCCGUAGCACACUGGCCCAAUUAAAUUGAAACAAAUUAACUAAAAUAGCUUUUCCUGAGGCAAGCUUAGGAUCCCAGACCACAGGUAACCCAGGCUCUGUGAUAGUACCACAGCACGGUUCCAGUAAAAUUACAGUGUUUGUAUGGGCUAAAAAUACCAUCCUAAAAUUUCUAGGAAAUACUAAAUAAAGAUCAAUGAAACUUACUCUGCAGUUAAUUGUUGUUGUCCUUAUUGCUCCAACGAAGUUUCGUGAUAAUUUGCAGUAAUUUGUUCAAAUUCACUCUAUAUACAAUAAUAAUAUACAAGGUAGGAAACACGAGAUGCCAUUUUCGCCGACAUGCUCUCAUUCAACACAACGUUUUCCACGAAAUUCGAACUCCAACGGAAAAUAAACAUGCCAGGAUUGUAGAACUAGGAUAGCAGCAGAUAUACAAACCAGUGAAGCUUUCCCAGAUAGAGAAAUGAAUCCCACAGACUUUGGCAAACUCGAAGGAUAUAAUCCAAACAGACCGAGAAUAUGCUCGCCGAAGCAGCCGGGCCAGAUCAACGCGCGGCCAAGAAAAUGAGGCCUGGGCACUGUACAAAAAGUUCCAUCCCGGGAGUCCUGAGGUGACCUUUCUGGGGACCGAUACAUCAUUUGCCCAAAGCCACCCUACCCUGCUGAAAAAAUACUUGAUAGAAGGCAAUUGUUCUUCCUAGCCAAUCACAAUUUGCCAGAGCAAACCCAGCACACGCGCCUGAAUUUAAAUGGCUAAAAAAAAAAAAAUAAAACCAGGAUAGUCUGCCGAGAUACAAGGCGCCCCAUUUCUUUUACUAAAGAACGCAAAUAACAGUAAUGAAACUAUGAAAUAAUAUCGCGAAAUACUUACAAGGCGGGCUAAAAACGAGGUUGAACAAGAGGUAGAUGAUGACUGAGAUACUGUUGCUGUGAACUCUCGAGCGAAACGAUCGUAAAUAAACGGUGAAGCUUACAAAAUAAUGAAAAUUCCAACAGAAUAUGAAUUGCGAUGACUGAGACGAAUGUGAAAGGCAUGUGCACCAGUAAACAAUGCGGCCGUAACACGCCGACUUCUUGUCAAUACAACCGGACGUUCUAUCAGUUAAAUAUGUGAACCAUCGUGGCACCUCUCUUUGAAUUUGGCCCCGUUGUACAAAUGCGACGGUAAGAGCCAAAAUUCACUCAUACCUUUUGCUCGUUUUAAGUUUUGUAAAUCCACCUUCGUUAUUUCCUUUGCCCUUAUAACCUUGCCCUACUCAUGUUUGAUAGACGUUCUGAGGACCAGCGCCACGCGCUGAAUAUAGUUCGAGAGGGACAUAAUAUCUUUAUAACAGGCCAGGGUGGUACGGCUAGGAAGAACAAUUGCCUUCUAUCAAGUAUUUUUUCAGCAGGGUAGGGUGGCUUUGGGCAAAUGAUGUACCGGUCCCCAGAAAGGUCACCUCAGGACUCCCGGGAUGUUUUUUUUUACACUGCCCAGGCCUCAUUUUCUUGGCCGCGCGUUGAUCUGGCCCGGCUGCUUCGGCGAGCAUAUUUUCGGUCUGUUUGGAUUAUAUCCUUCGAGUUUGUCAAAGUCUGUUGGAUUCGUUUCUCUAUUUGGGAAAGCUUCAUUGGUUUGUAUAUCUGCUGCUAUCCUAUUUCUACGAUCGUGGCAUGUUUAUUUUCCUUUGGAGUUUGAACUUCGUGGAAAAAGUUGUGUUGAAUUAGAGCAUGUCGGCGACAAUGGUAUCUCGUGUUUCCUACCUUGUAUAUUAUUAUUGUAUAUAGUGUGAAUUUGAACAAAUUACUGCAAAUUAUCACGAAACUUCGUUGGAGCAAUAAGGACAACAACAAUUAACUGCAGAGUAAGUUUCAUUGAUCUUUAUUCAGUAUUUCCUAGAAAUUUUAGGAUGGUAUUUUUAGCCCUUACAAACACUGUAAUUUUACCGGAACCGUACUGCGGUACUAUCACAGAGCCUGGGUUACCUGUGCCCAGACAUACAUUUCUUUGAAGAAUAAAAAUAUAACCCAAGUUCAUGAAUGAGUUUUCGACAGGUUCUCGCCGAAGCCUCCCAGGUAAAAGGUUGCUUGAUAAGGCGAUCUUCAUCUCCAAUGAUGUUUUCUGCGUGUAUGUGUGUCUCUACUUGUGUCUAAGUGGAAACGCACUUUUUGCGUGACGGCCUUUUUUCCUUCGACAGGAGAAAAUAAAGAAAAGGAUCCAGGAACAAUCCUUAGCUGGUGAACUAGUGGAAAUUCCAGAAAGAUACAAAGGUUUAGUGAUUGGUAAGGAGGGCAGUAACCUAAGAAGAAUCAGCAAUCAAACAGGUGCAAAGGUGAUUCGAAAAUCGGACAGAGAGGUGUACAUUGUCAGUGGUACAGAAGAACAAAGACAAAAGGCAAAAGUUUAUAUUAAAAUAACCAUCGUAAGUAAUUAUAAUUCACAUAACCGUGCUCUCAGGGAUGGUACCUUCAUUCAAUAGGUUAAUUUUAGCCUUUUGAUUUAAAUCCACUCUUUUGAAUCUAUCUCUGUAGGUAGGAGCUAGAUUGAGGGGUUUGGAAAAUGAGUUCAAAAACUCAUAUUGCUACAUCGAUAGUAGCUAUCUUCCAGCCGACUGCAAUCUCAAGCUGGAGAAAAUAGCACAUGGAGUUCAUACCGAUGACACGUUGCUUUCAGAUUCACGUACCUACUACCGACUGACGCCGGUCCAGAAUCAUGAACCACAGGUGGGAAAUUUCUUCCUGUCAGAUUUGCGAGAAAUAAGGAAUCAUUACGUGUUAGCUCCUAACAUUGUGCUAUCUCAAAUCUUUGUUGAGUCUAAUUUACCGUCACUACCACUUUGAACAUUCCUGGGAAGUCAGACUCAUUUAAAUGGUAAAAAGAUUUAAAAUGUUUUUUUUUUUGUAAAACAUAAAGACUAAGAGAUAUUGUUACAAAUGUACAUUUUAAUGGAUUAACCUCAUAUCCUAACGUCAUAUCCCGUAACCAAAGAAAGAUUUGGUCAACAUCUUUUUCAGUAGGACGUUGAUUUGCACAAGAACUGAAGUACUGAAGCCAUAACUGAAGCCGACUACAUCAAAUGCGGAAAAACGCAGUGCUCUAAUGGCUAUUUAUUUAUUGUAUUAUUUUUUUAACCAGAAUUAGGCCAUUUUAGAAUUCAUCACAUUUGGCUUUAGAACGUGUUAAUUGCGUAGACCACCGUACCUAAAUCUUUUAGAAUUAUAAACUCAAGUGAUUUUUAAAAAUUUCAUUUCAUUUCCUAUUAGGACGGUUGCAGUCCAAAUGAUGACCCAGCCUAUUUGUCACAACUAAAGAUUGAUACUUUAAAUGCACUGCGCAUGGUCAAAAAAGAAAUUGAUUCAAAAGAGUAUCUCAGAGCCGAGAUGUGGUGUCAUUUUGGGACAGGCAUGAUCCGAGGAGCCAACCGAGGUAGGUUACAGCGUUUUCUUCCAUCUUUGGAUUAUGACAAUUUUUUUUUCUUUUUUAUGAGCUAGGUUAAAUCCCUGAAGAAACAUCCUUAAUGAACCAAUAACUUUUCGUUGCAAGACUUGAUCUUUAAUCUUCGUAAAAAUGGCAAAUUUUGGAGGUUGUAGGUUGAGGAGAUUUUGUUUAGGACAUUAUUGUUCCGGGGUUUUGUUUUCUUUGAGUUGGCCUUUCAUGAUUUUGGUGUAAGGCUACCUUACUUGACUUCUGGGCAACUUUACUGGUUUAGUAUUGGAAAAAGGUCGUGAGUGUGACCAACCAUUACCACGAAGUACGCACAAGGAGAUAGUUAUGUUACUUAAUUUCAUAGGCUCUUCAGAUUUUCACCUCCAUUUAAUAAAGGUAACGCCUUCGACAAUGUUGUUAAUUCUUUGUAUAGAGGAAGCUAAUGACGGACGAUGGAGUAUUGACGAGGUAACAGAAAAGCUGCGACAAUCAGGUGGAGACAACUGGAAGGUUGUAUUUAAAGAAGUGGUCAAUCUCGAGGAAAAAAUAUUCGAAGAAAACGUUUGCGACAAGACCCCUGAGGAAUAUGUAGAUUAUGCAGCAAGGCAUGAUUUGACAUUUUUGACACCAUCCGGACAUCAAAUUAGGUGUAAGGUAAACGUCGGGUAUAUUCCAUGCAGUGGCAAAAAUAAAUUUUUCAGGCUCGCCGGGAUUUCAACCUCCAGUGAUAGCCAAUAUACCCGAGAAAAGAUGAAAGUUAUGAUUAGUUGCCUUGGAAAUAAUCCUUUUUUAAACUUAGUCUUAGGAGGUUAAGCCCGAUUAGUGGGAUAAAACUUGACUGCAUCUUUUCUAAUGGUUAUUGGAUUGGAAGGAAUAAAUAAAGUGGAGUUCCCUUGACACAAUCUCAUUGUGGCGUGAACAGCUACGAAUCAGUUACCUGUUAAUGGAUGGAAUUUAAAAUGUCUAUGUUAAUUAGUAUCAAUUAAAAGUAAUAGCAUUUCAAUUAAUAUUCAGCAGUUCAUGACCUUAUUUCUGACUCACUGCUUUUGUGCUGCAGUUUUCAAAAUCGGUUUCCUGCAUGCCUCAAUAUUAAAGGUUUUAGAUGACAAAAUACAGUUAUGU